AUGGGAGAUGAACCUCCUUGCGCCAAAUGCAGACGUGAGCAUCGCGAUUGCCGAUUCGAUCGUCGUUCGAGAACCUCAAAACAUAGGGAUCCGCCGAAUUGGAAUAGGAUCAGGGCGACUGAGCAUGCUACUAGACCACAGCCUGCCAGCACCACCCAGUCCAGGUCGCCGCAAGAUGUUGAUACACUGGUACAGGAAGACUUGUCACCAGCGGCACCUCCUUCUAGGGUGCUCACCCAAGAACUUGGAACGAGAUGGCGUCGAAGUUCUCUUCAUGAUAGUUCACUUUCGGGACGGGUUGUCUCUAGUUUUGUGACGGGUUCCAAUGACGCUCUCGAUGUGCUGUCCGACGCCGCAAAUCUACUUCAUCAUGCUACAGUAUCUCCAUCCUCGGGCCCCUCUUCAGCACAGCCAACACACCCCGUGCAAGACGUCCCCUUUGCCGUGCCUGCUAGAGAACAGCCAGGCGGCCAAAUUGGGGUAGGUUUCAUCAUUCAGGCUCUAUCUGAACCAGUCGACGAGACUCUAGAUAUGUGGGACAAGUGCAGGUUCGUCAGACAGGGUUGGUUCACCUCGCAAGAAGCUGUCACAUACAUUGAUCUCUUCUUCAAAUAUCUCUCACCACUAUCUCCCGUCACGGUUGACCAAUUUCGGAACCACGAUGCCCACUCAAGCCUCGUUCACGAAGAGUCGAUGUUAUGCUGCACUAUCCUGAUGAUCUCAUCUCGAUUUUUCCUGUUGCCGGGAGCAGGUGGCAUUUCCAGGAGCCACCUAAUACAUAAUCGACUUUGGCAAUUCUGCGAGCUUAUGAUCAAACGCAUUAUCCUGGGUCAAGAGAAGAUUUCCUCCGCUAAGAUGAGGAUAAUCGGCACAAUCGAGAGUUUGCUGCUCAUCUCGGACUGGCAUCCUCGAGCCAUCCAUUUUCCCCCAGAUACAGAAGGCUGGGAUGCUUUGCUUAUCGACUUGAAUUACGACCGAGAGAAUCGGAAGCGAACCAACGAUGAGGAGCCCCUACUUCGGUGGCGCAAAGAUGUCUUCGAGCCCGCGAAAAGGGCAAGCAGGAUGUCUUGGAUGCUCCUUGGCCUUGCUACGAAUCUUGCUUAUGAACUUGGCAUAUUAUCAACCGACCAGCGCGCAAACUACUCAGCAUCUAGUGUUGCUGUUUGUCGCAAAUUUCGAGCUCAGAGGCUUCUUUAUGCCUACAUGACACAAACCGCCACGAGACUGGGGUAUAGUUCCGUCUUUCCCGAGACUGUGUCCAUUGCAUCAUCGCGAUCUUCGAUGCAAGACAUGGGCGAUUCUUCACAGGCUUCAUGGACCUCAUACAUUGAGGUCUACUUAGAGUUUAUCCGUCUCUCAAAAGUAGCUUCGUCUAUGUUCUUCCAAUCUGUGGACCACUUGGAAGGUUUACUUCGAAUCGAUGGCUAUCCAGAUCUAUUAGAUCACUUCCUAAGCUCUCUUUUCAACUGGAAGGCCUCACUUGAUUCGAAAUGCAAAGCCGGGCUUCUAAGGACCUCACUAUCUAUCGAGUAUUUUCAUCUCAGAGCUUGUGUAGGUGCCAUAUCUAUACAGGCAGUCGUACGACGAGCUGCAACAGCCAAUCUUGAUGGAGUUGAAAAGGACAGUCUCGCUGGUUAUAUGACUACCCAGGAUGCUAGAUUUCUGCAAGAAGUUGUUUCGGAUAGCAGCGAAGUGCUGCGCAUUGCAACUCAGACGUCCUUCCAGUCACAUCUUGCAUAUGCGCCAGCAAGCAUCAGAAUCAGCGUGAUAUCUGCAUCUGUUUUCUUGCUAAAGGCCCUUAGUCUUGGAUCACCAGCAACAGAUGUUUCCACAGCCUUGCGAACGUUGGAUCGAUGUGUUACAGCGUUGGGAAGAUACCCGCCCGACGACAUGGAUUUCGCACUCAGAUACGCCCAUCUCAUUGAGAAACAUACCCAAUUCCUGAAGUUCAAUCACUUCUCUGCGUCUGAGGCUCAUGGAAGAAGCGCAGUGCAGUCUUAUACGCCCAGUUAUAAUCACAACAACCUAAGCGGAUUCGAUAUCUCCCUGCCGAUUCUUCCAGCUGAUCAAAAUGUCAAUGAUGAUAUGUCUUCGGAUCAAACCGGGAUCUGGCGGGCUCUGCAAUUCGACUCAAGCAUUGCGCCUUUCAGUAAUAACACAGAUCAACUUUACCAGGGUUUCGACAUUGACUCACUUAACUUCCUAUGGAACCUCCCAGAUAAUACUUAG